AUGUCCUCUUCUUUUUUAGACCACCCAAUUCUGAAAGUUAGCCGGCCGGUGGCUGCAUGUUCAAGAUGCCGCACUGCUAAAAUCAAAUGCGAUGGCAGGCUACCAGCUUGCUCAGCUUGCGAAAAGGCUGGAAAAGCAAGUAGUUGCUCAGGCGCCAGUGACGAAUUUGCUAAAGGUAAAGAGAGGAGCUACGUCGCCUCCCUGGAAGGAUACUGUGAGAAACUCGAAAAAGAAAUUGCAACUCUUCAUCGUCGUAAGGAGCAUGCGUCCAUCAACGAGGCCGGGAUUCCGCAGGAGAGCUCGAUCACAGCUAUCUCGUCAAAGGGUACCGUAGCUGAAGCACAUCGUCGAGAGGUGUCUGAUAUUGAUGACCUUGUGGGUGACUUUGGUUAUCUGUCUGUUAAUGCCACUUCGCGAGAUUUUCGUGGUAUCACUUCAACAAUGUCGUUUGCCAACCUUCUGCUAUCAGUUGCCAUGGUCGAGUCAUUUCCAAACAUAUCGUCGCAGCCACUGCUUCCGCGCCACGAGGCCACGCCUCUUUUACAGUUCUACUUUGACAAUAUUUAUACUCAGCUGCCGUUUUUCGUUGAACAGAGUUUCUGGACUUCCAUGGAAUCCGUCUAUGAGCCUGGUGGGCGUUUUGCCAAGCCUUUUGAUCAUUUCCUUGUGCACAUGGUAUUAGCGAUUGCUUCUGCCACCAUAUCGUAUCAGAGUGAUGAUAAAAGCCAGCAACGGUCAUUGGCUCUAGUGGUUGGAGCACUCGAAUACGCCGAGGAUGUUCUCCAACCAGGCUCCAUUGUCGGGAUACAAGCGAUUCUGCUGCUGGCUCAGUAUUCGCUCGCCAAUCCGAUGUAUUUUCGGAGUUGGUACCUGGUUGGUAUGGCAGUGAGGCUCAUCGUCGAUUUGGGAUUGCAUCAGGAUCCUCCAGAAGAAGUGGUGUCGAAUCGAGAUCGGCUGGAUCUCUGUCGAAGAGUCUUUCACUGUACUUACUGCUUGGAUAGAGGGGUUAGCUCAGCCUUGGGAAGAACCUUUUCGUUCUCAGACGCCUCUAUCAAUGUUUCUCUACCGACUGCCACAACUUCAUUAGGCUCAUCGUUGACCGAACAGAGCCACCUUUUCCAACGCAGCUCAGAGCCUGGAUUAUACCUCGUCAGGAUCCGUCAGAUUAUGUCGACUGCGUAUCAAGAAAUGUACUUUAGCGGACGUGAAUCAUCCCAGCAACCUUUGCCAUUGAUAUGGGCUCGCUGUUCACAAGCCCAAGAAUGGUUUGACCGUGCACCUACAAACGUCCCUCAUCACUUUCCUGUUUUGUAUAGACUCGAGGUGUUGUAUACGACCAUCAUCAUUCUUUCUCCAUCGCAUCGUUGUCCCACAUUAUGUGACUUCAACAAAGUCAUGUUAUUCGAUCGCUGUAUGGAUUACAUUAGCCAGCUUCACCAAACCCUGGAGAAUCCCAACAUGCUGCCAUGCAUAACCUUUCUUGACAUCCAGCGUGCAUAUCAAGUUGGCCGACGCUUCCUCGACCUUUUGAGUCAGGAUUACGACGUUGUUUUGAGACCCUCUUUGCCUGCACCUCCGCCGGAAAACGCCGACCCUCCGUUUCUUGGCAAUGAAGGACGAACCAAUUGCCCUGCACGUGCGAUUCGAAGCUUGACGUACAUGCAGAAUAUUCUCCGAUACAGCGCGAGGAAAUGGGAGAUGUAUGCUUUCUUGCAACAAUAUGAGCAGGCUGCGGCACCUGUUCGAAAGUGGUUGACGCAGCCCUCUGUAUAUUCCGGAUUCAAUUACGACCCUCUCUAA